AUGGCGAGAAAGAAGGCCCAGACCCCCAUGUCGAAGGAGGCGCCGGUUCCCACCGGUGUGGACCGCCGAAACCCUACAUUCCGCCAUGAUACGGGAAGUAGGUGCACGCGGUUCGCGGAGUCGGCGGGGGAGACGGCGGCUGAAUGCGCGGCGAUCUGCUGCUGCUGCCCCUGCGGCCUCGUGAAUCUCCUCGCUGUCGUGACGGUUAGGCUACCGGCGGUGCUUGCCCGGAAGACCCUUCGGUGUCGGAGGAAGCUUCGUAGGAAUAAAGGCGCGAUCUUGUGGACCGAAUCCCGCGCCUUUGGCGAGGGCGAUGGCGAUGGCUUCACCUCUCACGGAGGGGCUCUCCUGGCGGAGGGCGGCGGAGAGCAGUUGUGGCAGGGGAGAUCGCCGUCGGAGGAGGUGUCGGAAGUGGAGAAGAUCAUGCGGGCAAGCUUCUACGGCGCAGGGUUUUGGCGGAGCCCUUCGCGGAUUACAGAAAAGGAGGAGGAGUGCCAAAUGGUGGCAUCUUCGCGUGUUAAUCAGAAAUGA